AUGCGCUUCGAUCCCCCGCUCGUCACCGCCCGCCUGCUCCGGCGCUACAAGCGCUUCCUCGCCGACGUGGUGCUGGACCGGCCGGGCGAGGCGCCGGCGGCGGAGCGCGAGGUGACGGUCCACUGCCCGAAUCCGGGGGCGAUGCUGGGCCUCGACACCCCCGGCGCGCGGGUCUGGCUGUCGCCGGCCCGCAAUCCGGCGCGCAAGCUGCGCUGGACCUGGGAGCUGACCGAGCCGGCCGACGGGCUCGGCCGCGGUCUGGUGGGGAUCAACACCAGCCAUCCCAACCGCCUGGCCGCCGAGGCGGUGGCGGCGGGCACGAUUCCCGAGCUGGCCGGCUACGCCGGGCUGCGGCGCGAGGUGAAGUACGGCCGCAACAGCCGCAUCGACCUGCUGCUGGAGGACCCGCGGCGGCCGGCCUGCUACGUCGAGGUGAAGAACGUCCACCUGCUGCGCCGGCGCGACGCGGCGGGCGAGGGGCUGGCCGAGUUUCCCGACUGCGUCACCGCGCGCGGCGCCAAGCACCUGGAGGAGCUGGGCGACAUGGUCGAGGCCGGACACCGCGCCGUCAUGCUCUACGUGGUGCAGCGCAGCGACUGCGCGGCCUUCGCGGUCGCCGGGGACAUCGACCCGGCCUAUGCCGAGGCCCUGCGCCGCGCCCGCGCCCGCGGGGUCGAGGCGCUCUGCGUCGCCUGCCGCAUCACGCCCGAGGAGAUCGUUGUCGCGCGGCCCCUGCCGCUGCAGCUCUAG